AUGAUUGAAAUUGUUCCAGACGUUUUGGAGUAUAAACCACCAUUCACUACUUCAUCUACGGAAUAUGUUACCAUAACGAAUAAAAGCAGUGACACUGUAGCAUUUAAGGUCAAGACUACGGCACCAAAGAUUUACUGUGUUAGACCAAACGCUGCUGUUGUAGCACCAGGGGAACAGGUUCAGAUUCAAGUUAUUCUCUUAGGCCUCAGUGAGGAGCCAGCUCCAGAUUUCAAGUGUAAGGAUAAGUUUUUGCUUAUAACUUUACCGGCUCCUUACGAGUUGGGAGAUUCUACUGUUGCUGAGGUUUGGCCCCAGCUGGAAGCAGAAUUUAAACAGCAAGCUGUCUCCAAGAAGAUUAAAGUGAAGUACUUGAUAAACACUCAGUCAGGGAAAGCACCCGUGGACGACUUGGUAGCCGAAGAGGAACCAGGCGAUGUCUCUCAAAAUGCUUCUAUGAAUAAAGUAAAUGAGAAAGCUGCUCCUGUUUUUGCUACUACCAGUGAUGAUGAUGUUCCAUCAGUUAAUGCUGAGAAAAAGUCAUCUGGCAACACGUUUUCUCUAUUCCAGGACGGUGCUCCAAUAUUUAACCCAGCUUUGGUAUUGCUUGCCGCGUUACUAGCGUUGGUUCUAGGCUGGUUGUAUUAUUAA